GGAAGUAAACAAGGCUGCUGGCCGUAGCGUUAGCUGCAUGCUGCUGUUGAAUGAGCUGGAAGACGGUAUUGUAGUCGUAGAGCAGAUGGUUCUUUCAGCUGGAACUAAGCAACAAUGUCUUCAGUUGAGUGUUUGAGAGAGUUUGUCACCGAGCGACUAACUGCUGCUGCUGAAGAAAUAUUCCGAGUUGUUGAAAAAACUAUCGUCGAGUACGAGGAAGAGAUCGCUCGGCAGCGCAGACUGUUGGAUGGCGUUUGGAGACCAGAAAUCAGGUUACACAGGAUAGAGCUCCCACAGCAACAUGUCUGUAAGGAGGAGGAGGUUCUCUCUGACCAGCAGCUCUGUAUUCAGGAGAGGAACUCCAGUCUGGACCAAGAGGACCCAGAGCCUCCACAGAUUAAAGAGGACCAGGAGGAGCUGUGCACCAGUCAGGAGGGAGAGCAGCUUGUACUGAAGCAGGAGACUGAUACCUUUAUGUUGACUCCUACUUAUGAGGAAAGGGACCACAGUGAAGGUCAGACUCUGAACUUCAAUCCUGAUGAUGACACUCUACGUGCAGCAGAGAAAGAGUCUGUAGCCAACAUGCCAGUUCUAACCUCUGUGGUAUCAGAAGCAAACAGUGACCACCAGCUCCUCUCUCCCAACUCUCAUGAAGCUGAGAGCCAAGAUCAGAAAGGAGGCAAGCAUGGAGACUCAGGAUCAACUAGAAAUGCAGAGCCAGGACCAAAGAAGAGACGACGCAAGAGCAGAAGUCACAGCAACAACGUAGACAACACUAACGAGUCAGAGAUUCACCCUAAUACUCAAACAGAGCUCCCACAGCAACAUGUCUGUAAGGAGGAGGAGGUUCUCUCUGACCAGCAGCUCAACAUGCCAGUUAUAACCUCUGUGGCAUCAGAAGCAAACAGUGACCACCAUCUCCUCUCUCACAACUCUCAUGGAGCUGAGAGCCAAGAUCAGAAAGGAGGCAAGCAUGGAGACUCAGGAUCAACUAGAAAUGCAGAGCCAGAACCAAAGAAGAGACAAAACAAGAGCAGAAGUCACAGCAACAACGUAGACAACACUAACGUGUCAGAGAUUCACCCUAAUACUCCAACAGAGCUCCCACAACAACAUGUCUGUAAGGAGGAGGAGGUUCUCUCUGACCAGCAGCUCUGUAUUCAGGAGAGGAACUCCAGUCUGGACCAAGAGGACCCAGAGCCUCCACAGAUUAAAGAGGACCAGGAGGAACUGUGCACCAGUCAGGAGGGAGAGCAGCUUGUACUGAAGCAGGAGACUGAUACCUUUAUGUUGACUCCUACUUAUGAGGAAAGGGACCACAGUGAAGGUCAGACUCUGAACUUCAAUCCUGAUGAUGACACUCUAAGUGCAGCAGAGAAAGAGUCUGUAGCCAACAUGCCAGUUAUAACCUCUGUGGUAUCAGAAGCAAACAGUGACCACCAGCUUCUCUCUCCCAACUCCCAUAAAGCUGAGAGCCAAGAUCAGAAAGGAGGCAAGCAUGGAGACUCAGGAUCAACUAGAAAUUCAGAGCCAGAACCAAAGAAGAGACGACGCAAGAGCAGAAGUCACAGUAACAACGUAGACAACACUAACGUGUCAGAGAUUCACCCUAAUGCUCAAACAGAGCUCCCACAGCAACGUGUCUGUAAGGAGGAGGAGGUUCUCUCUGACCAGCAGCUCUGUAUUCAGGAGAGGAACUCCAGUCUGGACCAAGAGGACCCAGAGCCUCCACAGAUUAAAGAGGACCAGGAGGAACUGUGCACCAGUCAGGAGGGAGAGCAGCUUGUACUGAAGCAGGAGACUGAUACCUUUAUGUUGACUCCUACUUAUGAGGAAAGGGACCACAGUGAAGGUCAGACUCUGAACUUCAAUCCUGAUGAUGACACUCUAAGUGCAGCAGAGAAAGAGUCUGUAGCCAACAUGCCAGUUAUAACCUCUGUGGUAUCAGAAGCAAACAGUGACCACCAGCUCCUCUCUCACAACUCUCAUGAAGCUGAGAGCCAAGAUCAGAAAGGAGGCAAGCAUGGAGACUCAGGAUCAACUAGAAAUACAGAGCCAGAACCAAAGAAGAGACGACGCAAGAGCAGAAGUCACACUAACAACGUAGACAACACUAACAUGUCAGCGAUUCACACUAAUACUCAAACAGAGCUCCCACAGCAACAUGUCUGUAAGGAGGAGGAGGUUCUCUCUGACCAGCAGCUCUGUAUUCAGGAGAGGAAUUCCAGUCUGGACCAAGAGGACCCAGAGCCUCCACAGAUUAAAGAUGAACAGGAGGAACUGUGCACCAGUCAGGAGGGAGAGCAGCUUGUACUGAAGCAGGAGACUGAUACCUUUAUGUUGACUCCUACUUAUGAGGAAAGGGACCACAGUGAAGGUCAGACACUGAACUUCAAUCCUGAUGAUGACACUCUAAGUGCAGCAGAGAAAGAGUCUGUAGCCAACAUGCCAGUUCUAACCUCUGUGGAAUCAGAAGCAAACAGUGACCACCAGCUCCUCUCUCCCAACUCUCAUGAAGCUGAGAGCCAAGAUCAGAAAGGAGGCAAGCAUGGAGACUCAGGAUCAACUAGAAAUGCAGAGCCAGAACCAAAGAAGAGACGACUCAAGAGCAGAAGUCACAGCAACAACGUAGACAACACUAACGUGUCAGAGAUUCACCCUAAUACUCAAACAGAGCUCCCACAGCAACAUGUCUGUAAGGAGGAGGAGGUUCUCUCUGACCAGCAGCUCAACAUGCCAGUUAUAACCUCUGUGGAAUCAGAAGCAAACGGUGAUCACCAGCUCCUCUCUCACAACUCGCAUGAAGCUGAGAGCCAAGAUCAGAAAGGAGGCAAGCAUAGAGACUCAGGAUCAACUAGAAAUGCAGAGCCAGAACCAAAGAAGAGACGACGCAAGAGCAGAAGUCACAGCAACAACGUAGACAACACUAACGUGUCAGAGAUUCACCGUAAUACUCAAACAGAGCUCCCACAGCAACAUGUCUGUAAGGAGGAGGAGGUUCUCUCUGACCAGCAGCUCUGUAUUCAGGAGAGGAACUCCAGUCUGGACCAAGAGGACCCAGAGCCUCCACAGAUUACAGAGGACCAGGAGGAACUGUGCACCAGUCAGGAGGGAGAGCAGCUUGUACUGAAGCAGGAGACUGAUACCUUUAUGUUGACUCCUACUUAUGAGGAAAGGGACCACAGUGAAGGUCAGACUCUGAACUUCAAUCCUGAUGAUGACACUCUAAGUGCAGCAGAGAAAGAGUCUGUAGCCAACAUGCCAGUUAUAACCUCUGUGGUAUCAGAAGCAAACAGUGACCACCAGCUCCUCUCAAUCAACUCUCAUGAAGCUGAGAGCCAAGAUCAGAAAGGAGGCAAGCAUGGAGACUCAGGACCAACUAGAAAUACAGAGCCAGAACCAAAGAAGAGACGACGCAAGAGCAGAAGUCACAGCAACCAUUUGAACAACACUACCUUGUCAGGGAUUCACCGUAAUACUCAAACAGCUGACACAUGUGGGAAAAACGUAAUGUAUGGUUCAGCAUUUCAGAGACACCUGAGAGUCCACAUAGCUAAGAAGCCAUAUUACUGCAAAUCAUGUGGAAAAGAUUUUGUAAGUAAAACUCACCUGAAAAUCCACAUGAAAACUCACACAGGUCAUAAGCCGCACAUUUGCAGGACUUGUAGGAAAUUAUUAUGUAGUCGCUCAACACUAAAAAGGCAUUUGAGAAUCCACACAGGUGAGAAGCCAUAUUCUUGCAAAACAUGUGGGAAAGAUUUCAAACGUAAUGAGGGCCUAAGAGACCAUAUGAGAACCCACACAGGUGAGAAGCCAUAUUUAUGCAAAACAUGUGGAAAAGAUUUCCGACAAAAUAGUGCUUUGUUGGUCCACAUGAGAAUCCACACCGGUGAGAAGCCGUACAUUUGCAAGAUCUGUGAGAAAGGAUUUUUUGAUGUUUCAACAUUAAAAAGGCAUAUUAGAACCCAUACACGUGAGAAGCCCUAUACUUGUAAAACGUGUGGAAAAGAUUUCAGACAAAGUAGUGCCUUGUUGGUCCACGUAAGAACACACACAGGUGAGAAGCCUUAUGUAUGCAAGACAUGUGGAAAAGACUUUAAACAAAGCUGUGCCUUGUUGGUCCACAUUAGAACCCACACCGGUGAGAAGCCAUAUUCUUGCAAAAGAUGUGGAAAAGAUUUUGGACAAAAUAGUGGCUUGUUGGUGCACAUGAGAACUCACACAGGUGAGAAGCCGUUCAUUUGCAAAAUCUGCAGGGUUAGCUUCUGUGAUGCUUCAGGUUUAAUAAAGCAUAUGCGAACCCACAGAGGAUAAAAUCUAAGCCAAAAUGCUUAUGUUAGCAAUAGUUAGCUUGUUCUGGUUUUCUAACUGCAUGGCAAGUUAUAGGAGCUAAGCUGGGAGCUUAAUGGAGACAGCUAAAGUUAAUGGGUUAGCUGCCCUACAGCUGUCAGAGGUAGCUUCAAUUUCAUAUAUUACCUUCUAACAGCUGUAUUUUCAGUAAUGUGACAAUCAGUGACAGCACCGUUUGGCUUAGUUAUUUAUGCAGUUGGCAUCAUUUGUUACUUACCUAGUUUAUGACGAAUCAUUUCAGCUGUGCUUUCUAACAUGAUGUCAUUGUGCUAACCGUGCACCGUUAGCCUUUACAACAGAGCCGCUUCACUACACUUGUUAGAUAAUGGUUCAUUCCAGAGUUCUCUGUUGAUUUGUGUUUGUCGCUGUGUGCGUAGUGGAAAAUGAAUGUAAACAAAGUUGCGUGCAGGUCCCCUCAAGACCAGGCUGAUGUUAGAAGUCCCUCUAGUGGACAGACUGUGUAACAACAACAACCACAUGCUUGUAGUGGCAUUGCGUUAGCCUGAGUAGUGUAGUACAUAUUAUUUAACAGGCUGCAUUUGAGCAUUAAAUAUUUGAAUAUUAUAAUAUAUAUAAAAAUAUCAAAUGGAAUUCGAAUGAUAUUAUAGAGAAAGAUUGAUAGCUCUAAUACAUACUGAUCCCCACUUGUGUGAAUGUUUAUCUAAUGCGCAGGUACAAAUGUGUGUCAAAAACCACAAGACCUCCUUUUUAACUGUAUUGGAUUGAAUUUUAAAAGUAGCCUAAGAUAAACAAAGUUUAUAGGCUGUACUACACUACAAAACCACAAUGCUCCAGGGUAUCUAUUAUUGUAUUAUUUGUGUACUUCUUAAUGUCUUCUGUUUGCUGGUGUUGCGUGCCCAUAUGUGUUGACGGGUCACAUUUCCCCAUUGGCGACAAUAAAGUAUUUAUCAAAACA